AUGCAUGCACCCUUUGCUCCAAUUCCCGUUUCAGCUGACGUCUAUCGCGGGAUGUUCAAGUUCGGCGUCUUCAAUGCCGUGCAGUCCCAAUGUUUCGAUAUCGUAUGUGCUGCUCCGACAGGAAGUGGAAAGACGGUCCUUUUUGAGUUGGCCAUAAUCAGAAUGCUCAUGCAAUCGGGUGGAAAUAGCAAUACAUCCAAGUGCAUUUACAUAGCCCCUACAAAGGCGCUUUGCUCUGAAAAAUGCAGAGAAUGGACGACAAAGUUUCAAGCGCUUGGUGUAAACUGCUGUGAACUAACCGGAGACACGGUUCAACUCGGUAAGAAUGCAUGGGGUAACGCUCGAGAUGCAUCCAUCAUGUAUGGCGAGAAGUGGGAUAGCUUGACGCGCAGCUGGCGCCGUCACGGACAGAUCCUCUCACAGAUACAACUCUUCCUCAUCGACGAAGUGCAUAUCUUGAAUGAAUCUCGUGGGAGCACACUCGAGGUAGUACUCUCACGAAUGAAGGCCCGUGGGUCGUCGGUUCGCUUUGUGGUAGUGUCCGCAACGGUCCCAAACAUUAAGGAUGUCGCGAGCUGGAUUGGCGACGGGACGCCGGAUGGCUCGGCAACAGUUAUGCAGUUCGGUGAAGAAUUUCGGCCAUGCAGGCUUAGCAAAUUCGUGUAUGGAUUCUUCAGGAAACGGGAGCAGAAUGACUUCGUCUUUCAAACGGUGCUGAACGCAAAACUUUAUGGGAUUUUGCAACAGCACUCCGUCAACAAGCCAAUGCUGGUUUUCUGCUCUACACGCAAAGGGGUCAUGGGCACAGCGGACCAAAUCUUGAAAGAAUACGAAGAAGCGUCCCAGAAGAAGCAAGCAUUGCCCUGGACACGCCCCCCGAGGUAUAUGUACGUUAACAUUGUCUAUCAUUCUCGCACAGAGCUAGCAGCAUACGGUAUUGGCAUCCACCACGCGGGCAUGAGCAUGGACGACAGGCGUGCAACGGAAGACUUGUAUCUGAGGAAGCUGCUUCGGAUCCUGUUCGCUACCUCCACUCUGGCAGUUGGUGUGAAUUUACCUGCGCAUACGGUGAUCAUCAAAGGCGUCAAGGUGUUCCAGAACAACGCUUGCCAGGAGUAUUCAGACCUCGAUAUCAUGCAGAUGAUGGGUCGUGCGGGCCGACCCCAGUUCGAUAAGGAAGGGGUCGCGAUCAUCAUGUGCGAAACCGAACUCGAAGCCAAGUACAAUGCACUCGUGCAGGGGCAGACGCUUCUUGAAUCUUGCUUGCAUCUAAACCUAUCCGAGCACAUCAAUUCAGAGGUGGGGCUUGGAACGAUCACCGAUCUCAACAGCGCAAAGGCAUGGCUGCACAACUCGUUCCUGUUCCGGAGAAUUCAGCAGAACCCGAAGCACUACGCGAUCGGGAAGGAGUGUAACCAAACAUGGCAGGAGCGAGUCGACGAAAUGGUAACAGAGAGCAUCACAAAGCUGCGGCAAACAGAGCUGGUCAUGUACUCGGACGAUACUCAGACACGGUUGUGUUCCACCGAAUAUGGCGAUGUCAUGAGCAAGUUUUAUAUCAAGCAAUCUACGGUGAUAUUUCUCUUUAUCUCAUAUCGCGGUAUAUUCAUCGAGGAACUCAAAGAUGGGGCUCAUCCUCAGCCUGCCCGAACGCGCAUUUAUAAUAGAAUGCGCGGUCAUAACGACAUUCGAUAUCAACUUAAGAAGGUCGAGAAACCGGCCGAUAAAAUAUUCAUACUGAUCCAAGCAGUUCUUGGAUGUAUCAGUUUAUCCGAUCCUGAAUACAAGAGCGGCGAUAGCAACCCGUCUCUGGAAGCGUCAUCCGUCUUCAGACAUGUCGUACGGAUUGCCAAAGCCAUUGUCGAAGUGGCGAUCCUCAAAAAGGCUGGAGGUCUCCUCAAAAGCAGUCUCGAGGUGUACCUGCUAAACCGCCGUCCUCCUUUUGGCCACGAGGUCAUCGCCGCAGUUCAACAAUUUCCGCAAUACCUAUUGAACAUAAAUGAAGUCGACCUUGCUACCUUCGCGGGAAAGAAGCCUAUUCAAGUCGAGCUGUCGAUCAAAUGUGGUCUCACAGAGAAUCUGUCGUCUAAUAAGCCGAAGAGGGCCAAAGACAAGAGCUCGGACAUGACCAUCGUCUUUACUGUUACGUCCGAUCUGGACUUCCUUGACUUCCGUCGUAUCCCGACCAAGGCGUUGAAAGAAUCGAAGACAUUUUCAUUGACGGCGGAGUUGAGUAGGCAGAGCCAAUCCAUCACGGUCUACAUCACAUCAGAAAGCAUUGCUGGUGUAACUGUCAGUAACACAUACAAGCCGACCGUCAACGCAAAGGAGUACCCUACCCCGGACACGCGCCCACAGACCUCUGUGGAGGUGAUGCUAGAAGGAUUUGAGGAAGAUCCAGACUUCUGGAAUAUGGGACCCGAUGACGAUGAUGUUCCAGUUAAGUUGGAGAAGUCACAAGAGUAG